AUGCCUUUGCUCUGGUUGGGGAUGAGGUAAUGAGGAAAGAAAUAGUAAACGGAUUGGAUCAAUCAGCCAUCCUAGCAGAUGGGCAAAUGUAUUGGAUCCAGCAGCCCAAACCGAAGGAGGGAUCCAUGUACUGGUAUCGGGCUCCAUCCAUUGAUGUGGAGCUGACAUCUAGCAUCCUCAUGGUUCAUUUUUUGAAGCCAAACUUGUCUUCUGCUGACAUUGGAAAAGCAUCCCAGAUUGUGAGCUGGCUCACCAAGCAGCAGAACCCCUAUGGAGGCUUUGCCUCAACCCAGGACACUGUGGUUGCCCUUGAAGCCUUAGCCUUGUAUGCCCUCAAGACCUACAGCAAAGAUGGUCCUGACCUCCCUGCUUCCAUCUCCUCUGAGGGCUUCAGCCAUGAGAUCCUGGUGGACACCACCAACCGGCUUCUGCUGCAGACGGCGCAGCUGCCAGCCAUCCCCAGCAGCUACACAGUGCAGGCUCAGGGCCACGGGUGCCUGUUCCUCCAGACCACCCUGCGAUACAACAUCCCUCCUCCAAGGAGCGACCUCACCUUUGCGCUGUCUGUGAGGACAGAGUGCAUCGGCCUGAAUGCUGCCCGCUUUCCUGUCACCAUUCAAAGCCGCUACACUGGGAACCGUGUGUCCACCAACAUGGUGCUGAUCAAGGUGAAGAUGCUGUCUGGCUACAGCCCUGUGACAGAGUCCUUGGAAGAGUUAAAGAAAAUGCCCGUGGUGAAGAAAAUUGAAAGAGAAGUUGAGCAAGUCACCCUCUACCUGGAUGAGCUGACUCGGGACUCAGUACUUUACCCUUGUGGUGCAGCAAGAAAUCCAAGUGAAGGACCUGAAGCCUGCCAACGCGAAGGACUCUGAUUACUACAUGCCGGAAGAAAAUGCUGUGACAGACUAUGGCGCCCCCUGCCUAUGAGGAUUGGGACAGUCAGUUGCUGACAGCUUUCCAACAGGCCUUUGUCAAUCGUGCCCCGCUGAUGUCCGAUACCAUAGUGAGAGAUUAUGG